AUGUGGCUCUUGGAGAAAGCUGGCUACAAGGUGGGGACCGCCGAGCCCGGGGCCCGGUGGGCACCCUCCAACCUGUUCCCUAAGCGCCGCGCCCCGGGCCCGCCCGCGCGCGCCUGCCCCAACAUCCUCACCCCCGACCGCAUCCCGCAGUUCUUCAUCCCGCCUCGGCUCCCGGACCCAGGCGGCGCCGAGCCCCAGGUCGGGCGCGACGCGGGCGGCCGAGGGCUGCGGCCGCGCGUGCGCCCGCGGGGCCAGCGGAGCCGCGUGGUUAAGUGCAGCGCCAACCCCAUCUUCAACGAGGACUUCUUCUUCGAGGGGCUCGGCCCGCCGGACCUGGCCGCCCGCAGCUUGAGAGCCAAGGUGCUGGACAGGGGCGCAGGGCUCCGCAGGGACGUGCUGCUAGGAGAGUGCGAGACGCCCCUUAUUGCCCUGCUGCCCCCCUUGGGUGGAGGGCUAGGCCCGGGGACCUCCCUGGCGCCCGCCCACCUCAGCCUCUAG